AUGGCGAGAGUGCUCCACAACCUGCUGCUGUGUGUGCUGAGCCUGGCGCAGAGGACCAGGCUGUGUGUGUUCUGGUCCCUGGUGUACGGGUAUUGUGCGCUCUGCACCGCCGUGGCCCUGGUCAAACUUUGGUGGAACAUCAUCUUGAGGCCGACGGCCACCUUCCAGUGGGUGACUCGGGAGACUCCCCCGGCUUGUCUGAAUGACACGUCCUUGGGAACCCACUGUUAUGUUCGGAUCAAGGAGUCUGGCCUCAGGUUCCACUAUGUUGCUGCUGGAGAGAGAGGAAAGCCACUCAUGCUGUUUUUACACGGCUUCCCUGAGUUCUGGUUCUCCUGGCGCUACCAGCUGCGCGAGUUCAAGAGUGAAUUCCGCGUGGUGGCCAUCGACAUGCGCGGCUACGGGGAGUCUGACUUGCCGCUCUCCACCGAAAGUUAUCGCUUCGACAACCUGGUCACCGACGUCAAGGACAUUGUGGAGUACUUAGGAUACAACAGAUGUUGCCUUGUUGGCCACGACUGGGGCGGGACCAUAGCGUGGCUGUUUGCCAUUCACUACCCAGAGAUGGUGACGAAACUCAUCGUCCUAAACAGCCCCCAUCCUUCUGUGUUCACAGAUUACGCUCUGCGUCACCCGAGCCAGUUGCUGAAAUCCAGCCAUUUCUUCUUCUUCCAGCUGCCUCGCUUCCCGGAGCUCAUGCUCUCCAUCAACGAUUUCAAGGCUCUGAAGUCCUUGUUCACCAGCCGCAACACAGGGAUCGGAAGGAAAGGCCGAUGGCUCACUGCAGAGGACUUGGAGGCCUAUCUGUAUGCACUCUCACAGCCGGGAGCUCUGACCGGGGCCCUCAACUAUUACAGGAAUGUCUUCAGCUCCCUCCCCCUCACCCAGAAUCAUGUCAGGUCUCCGGUGCUGCUGCUGUGGGGUGAGCGGGACGCCUUCUUGGAGCAGGAAAUGGCCGAGGCCUGCCGCCUGUACAUCCGGAAUCACUUCCGUCUCAACAUCAUUUCUGGGGCCAGUCACUGGCUGCAGCAGGACCAGCCUGACAUUGUGAACACCCUCAUAUGGACCUUCCUCAAAGAGGGAGAAGGACGCAAAAGCUACAGGAACUAAAUCCACAGCGAGGCCUCCCACAGCCUCUCCCCCACCCGCUUGCCACACCCAGAAGCCUGGAAUAUGCCUGCAACGCCGAGCGACAUCGUGAAAAUGCAAUCAUUCUUUAAAUCUUUCACAUUUGAAAUAUUUUUUUAAAGGAAAGAAAUCAAAGCACACUUCACUGGAGAGGACACUGAGCAGUACGUCUGACAUACACCCAAGAUGUUUUUUGCACAUGACACCCGCCUUAAAGUCCGUCAGUUACAGCAUUACAAAAUGUGUGGCAAAAUCUCCUUGUGACUUGUAUUGUGUGGUGCCUUUUAACUUUUCGAGUUGUUGCGUUGUAAAGAUGUGCUGAGAGGCUGAGAUGCGGUGUCGUCCUGCUGUACUUGUGCGUUUCACUGGGUCGCUCCACUCUUCUUUGGGCACACUCCUUUGGGAGCCAUAACUCUCCCACUCCCUUUGUCAGGCAGUGUUGUCUGAAGGAGCUUUCUUUUUUUGUAUUUUUUUUCCUCAGAGAUACUCAAAUGUAGAGAAUGUUGUUAUCUUGAUCUUCUUGUAUAGAAAUGUCAGUACCGGUUGACUAUUGUACUCUUUUGUAUCUAUUCCUACACUCUGCAUUUUGAAAAUUCACU